CGAGAGAUUCCCUGGGAAGCUUCUUCCUUGAUCUUUCCAGCAUAACGCUCUCAACCACUUUACAAUCUCAUCGAAAGCGAACUCAAGCCGAGAGCCGCAAGGGACGACCAUGGCUAGCAUAUCCGCCGCUGCGAUCGGGGCCUUUUCAUUCCUCUUAUGCCUAAGAGGGGUGCUUGCCUCGUCCGAGAUGGGCGUAAUAUUCAGCAACACCGAAGGCUACAAACAGCUCAACUCAAAUCAAAGGCUGUGUGCGGUGGCCGAUGUUAGAUCGCCAUGCUACUUGUCGCGCUGCAGCAACAAGAAUUGUUUCUGCGCCAGCCCACAGUUCAUGUCCGACGAAACCGACAGCUGCAUGAUAGCACUCGACCCAUUCAACGAUGGCAUGUAUAGUGUUGACACGUACAAUGGCAUCAUGGCCUUUUUUGGAAACGAAUGUGGGACAUUUAAUGUCCAGUUCAAGCAAGUCGCGAGUGAGAGCAUCGUAUACACCACAGUAUUCACCCAAACAGCGCCGACAGACACUGCGGGCCACGUUGUACCAACGCCAGGGUCCGGACGAUCCAGCGCCGGAAGUUCCGAGACCCCAAAUCCGGACGGGAACGGCGGGGAGAAUAAUGGGAAGCAGAACUUCGCCGGGAAUCUAAGUGUUGAGGCAAUCGUUGGAAUCGUGGCGGGUGCUGCGACGGUUAUUGGUACAAUCAUCACUGCGUACAUGUGCUGGUGCCGGUGAGGACGAACAAAUGAUGGCAUGCUUUUAUGCGAGAGUACGUUACGUCUUUGAGGU